GAGUACCUAUAAGCAGUCAAAGAUUUUUAACCGGUCGAACCUUGAUUGGCAUGUUACUUUAUCAUGGUGCUCUUGCUGAAGUCCUGAGGACUAGUAAGGCCUAAUGAGUUACGCUUGACCCUGAUUGGAAUUGUUCGCCGUGCUCGAUACUAGCGCCUCUAUCCGACUCUCUCUUAAACAUGGAUUCACAAACCUUCAUUCAUCUCUCAACCAUCCUCCAGUUCCAGAAUUAUUUUUUCGCAUCACUAGUGGUUUCUUGGGUCUACGAUUGUUUCCUAACCUUGGAUCAGGAGGUAUCUUUGAUUCAUUGGCCACGGUGGAGGAAAGGAAGUAUUCUUUAUAUCAUGACGAGAUACAUGCCAGCCUUGAUGCUCUCUGUACACUUAUGCAUGAACUAUCUCCCGAAUGAAAAAAUUGUGACUUGUAAAAUUUUACAGUCAAUGUGGUAUUGUACUGCUGCAUUGUGCAUAGCUGGUGCAGAAGGUAUCUUCAUCCUUCGUACCUAUGCAUUAUGGGGACAAAAGAAAUCCAUUCUGGGCCUUAUGUUGUCAACGGUACUCUGCCUGGCGAUCUUGGACGUGGUAAUAGCGCUGAAGGCUUGGAAUCAGUCGCAAAUUCAACUAUCAGACAUAGGUGGCGGUUGUUACUCGCUAUCCCAUGGCACGAAGGUUGCAUAUAAUUGGUCACUUCUAGCAGUAUUCGAGCUUGAGGUCAUGGUACUCACCAUGAUUCGUGUAUAUUGGGCAUACCGCGAAAGAAGGUGUCUGCUGCUCAAUAUCCUUCUACAACACAACAUUUUUUACUUCGGAACUGGGCUAACACUAUCUGUGCUCAAUCUUUUAUUCAUUCAAUGGCUGCCGUUCAACUCCUCAAAUAUGUUUGCAACACCGUUUGCGACUCCCCUGAGCCCGGAACCACAUCACACUCUCAAUUGACAAAUAUUGAACUUCAGACGUAUUCGCAUUCGGAUGC